AUGAACCUCAAGUACAGCGACACGGCCGUGACGAACGAGCAGGGGCGGUACGAGAUCACGGUGCAGGACGACCACGAGGACCAGCUGUGCCGGACCGUGCUGGUGAGCAGCCCCUGGGGAUACUGUAAAGUUCCCGACAAGGGCCGGUGCAACUCGGAGGUGAUCUUGACCCGGUCAAACGGCGCCGUCUCCAACCUCCACUUCGCCAACGCCAUGGGGUUCUACAAGGAUGAGGCGGAGGAGGGUUGUAAAGAGCUCGUCCACCAGCUGCUUUACGCUGACUUCUAG